AUGCUCCGCACAUCGCCUCAAAAUUGGCGCAGUUACCUGACACUUGCACGUACGAUCAUCACUCAUCUGGACACGACCACUUUCGUGCGACAGGCGAAUCGAACACAAGAACAGAUAUGGGUUGUCACAGGUCUCCAAAGGCUCGCACUCGUGGACGCGGACAGUGGAGGUGUACCUGACAUCACGGCCUGGUGCUCACGACAGUGGCUUGUCAUCGGCCAUCGAGACGCCGACAAUCUGGCAGCUCUCAAGGGCCUGGGUGAAGCAUGGCUUUCGAAAGCGCAACCUGCCUUGGUCAGAAUACACGAAGACGGAAGCCCAUCUUCGAGGGCAGGGUCCGCGCACUCGCAACGCUCCUUUCAAUCAUUCAAUAGUGUUCGGGAUGGGGAGCUAUCCACUCAGCAGGUCGCCGAAGCGGAGAGACGAGCUGCGACUACCGAUUAUGUUGAAGCUAGAGGUUAUCUUCAGCCUGCGACAGACUACCUUGAAAGAGCUAUCACGGCUGCCACUGCGCAGCGAGCUGUGUCAGGAGAACUACUUGCAACAUCUGCAGAAGCAUACAUGUCCAUAGGCAACGCCUCCAGCCCACGUAUGAACGAGCAGUACUUCAGAAGAGCUCUUCAGCUGCUGAGGGCAGCGACAGAGGUUGAUGGAUACAGCUUGGCUACAUAUCUACAACAGUGA